AUGGCCGGCCUCACCGUGGGCAACGUGCAAGCGCUGAGCGGCAUCAGCUUUACCGUGGCGGAGGCCAAGCUGAGCACAACGAGCCAGCGCCUGUGCAACGACACGCCCAGCGGCACCGUGCAGACCUUCACGGUGCAGGCCGGCGACUUGGGCAGGGCCACCAGCAUGCAGAUGGUGGGCAUCGGCGCGCUCAAGCUCCAAUCGGUGAUGAUCAACCUUGUCGUGGCAAGCGCUGAGGAAGUCUCGCCGUCGGUCCUCAUCGGCGGUUUACACCGGCACUGA